GAUCCCUCGGUGACACAGCUCACAAAUGCUAGCCAAAGUGGCUUGGACGAAUUCAACCCCUUUACUGAGAGCUCCCAGCUGACAAAUGCAGCGCGGACGACACCAGCCACGCAGCCCUCUGGCCACUCGCAGCCUGCUGUUCUGCAGACGUCCGUGGAGCCCACUCCCCAGGCCGUGGCAGCGGCAGCACAGGCUGGGCUUCUUCAGCAGCAGGCAGAACUAGAGAGGAAGGCAGCCGAGUUGGAGAAGAAGGAAAGGGAAUUGCAGAGUAACGCAGCCAGCAUUAAUCCGAGGCAAAACAACUGGCCGCCUCUCCCCAAGAAGUGUCCGAUCAAGCCGUGUUUUUAUCAGGAUUUUUCUGCAGACAUCCCAGCUGACUACCAGCGGAUAUGCAAGAUGCUGUAUUACUUGUGGAUGUUGCAUUCGAUUACUCUGCUCCUAAACCUGCUCGCUUGCCUGGCGUGGUUCACAGUCCAGACGGAAAGAGGAGUAGACUUUGGUCUCUCGAUCCUGUGGUUUAUUUUAUUCACCCCUUGUGCCUUUCUCUGUUGGUACCGACCAAUUUACAAGGCUUUCAGGUCUGACAGCUCCUUCAGCUUCUUCGUCUUCUUUUUCAUCUUCUUCUGCCAAAUAGCAAUCUACAUCAUCCAGGCUGUCGGCAUUGCUCUUGCGCGACUGUCGGUGCCUCUCCUCCUCCCGCGGCUCCAAUGCUUGCCGUGCUCACCCCGCUCUCCUCUCUCCCUUCGCAGCGGAUGGAUCGCGGCACUGUCCGAGCUGCACGGGAACCUGGCCGUGGCUGUUAUCAUGAUGGUGGUGGCAGGAUUCUUCACGCUGUGCGCGGUUCUCUCGCUCUUCCUCCUGAAGCAGGUGCAUUCCCUGUAUCGGCGUACGGGAGCCAGUUUUCAAAGGGCCCAGGAAGAGUUUUCCCAAGGCAUCCUCACCAACAGGGGCUUCCAGAACGCAGCCGCUGGGGCGGCCUCCUCAGCUGCGCAGAGUGCUUUCCGGGGAAACUAGCCCUUCCCGGGCUGCCUCCCCCUCGCUUCCUCUGCCAUUGUCACCCCAACCUUCAUUUUUUAUUUUUUUUUUUUUUCUAAAGAUGCACUUUUCGGGGGUACCAUGUUAGCUCUGUGAUGCCGACUCCAGAUGAGAAGAGAUCUG